AGUAAGUAUAUGAAAACUCUUGCAUAUUUGAGAUUUUGUAUCUAAUUGAACUUUAAUUCCUACAAUUUCUUUGCAUGCAUAUCAUAUAGUUGCAUUUUUGCACUAGGAUUUUGUGGGUUAAUCCACUGAAAACCCUCAUGAGACACAACUCAUCUACUAGGGUGACCUAGGGGUUUAAAGGCUUGUUGCACAUGCUAAGUGCAAUCGUGAUUUCAACGAAAGCGAAAAAAAAGAGACUUCCGAGAGCGGAUUUUAGAGGCAACUGGCAGAGAGCUUGGAAGGCGAGUUUGAGGCAGAGCUUGCGCGGAUUCUAUGUGAGUGACGGCAGAAGCAAAGGCAGCCACUGGGGACACUUCAAUCGAAAACAAAGGGGACAAGCGCGACAGUGAAGGCUACAGAUCUGAGUUCCACAAAUUGGGUUUUUGCUCUUCUAAACUUAUUUUUUCCUUUGUUUGGAUAUGGGAUUGUGGUUCAUCAAUUUAAUCUCAGAUUUUAUCAUGUUUAGUAUGAACUAAUUUUGCCAUCUAAGGCUACGAUGUAGCCUAAUCAAUUUAAUAUAGAAUUUCAUGAUUU